AUGGUCUUCCAUUGGGCAUCACGCUGCUUGCCUGGAUUCAGUAUUAUUGCGUUGAUUGUACUUCUUCGGUUGACCUCCAGUGAUGCAGUCGCCUUUUGGAAAUGGAAGGGCCCGUUGCCAUCACCGCCAAAAGAUUCUCCGGGAGGCCAGCCGCACCAUCUCAACCUGGCCCAGCAGUUGUUUGUCAUAUACACCGUCCUUGUCCAUGUCAGCAUGUUCGCCUUUACCACGCGUCUAGCAUGGGCCCUUUUCAGUGUCACACGGAAGACAAAGGAGGCCCUGCAACGGCGAAAUGUCGCGCAACCUCGCAUUUCUGUGGACAAAGAUAAGUGGCUCUCGGACAGUUCAACGCUCACAGACACGGAUUCAGAUGUAUCUGAUCCCCUGAUGAGCGACAUUGCUCACGAUUGUGAUGGACUGGAGGUCAUUCACGCGAUAAUUGUUCCGAACUAUUGUGAGGACCUACAUACUUUGCGGACUACGCUGGAUGUUCUAGCGAGCCACCCACGGGCACGGACACAGUAUGAGAUAUACCUCGCAAUGGAGCAGAAAGAAGCCGGGGUCGCCGAAAAAGCAGCCAAGCUGGCAUCAGCAUUCGAACCGUCCUUCCGCCAUAUCCAUGCUACCUUCCACCCUGCGAAUUUACCUGGGGAAAUAGCAGGGAAGAGCUCAAAUGUGGCCUUUGCGGCCCGACACAUUAUGGAAGUGCACAGGGCAGAGCUGGACUCGGGACAUUGUGAUGUGAUUGUUACUGUUAUGGAUGCCGAUACGCAUUUCUGGCAGGACUACUUUACAGAGAUCCGGCGCCUACAUUAUGCGUACAUCUCAGAAGCAGAUCGGACUUUGUAUUGCUGCCCUAUCAUUUUUGACCGUAACUCGCACGAGACCCCGGUUCUGGUCCGUUGCGCAGAUCUGCUUUGGGGUUUCGCCGGCUUGUCCACCACGUACCCUGGGACGUGCGUUUCAAUCCCGACAUCGGUGUACUCUUUGCCGCUGUCUCUGGCAGAGAGGAUUGGUGGCUGGGACAGUGAUUCUACUGCGAUCGGAGAGGACAUGCACAUGAUGCUCAAGUGCUAUUUUGAGACUGCGGGCAACGUGAUCACUCGCCCGGUCUACGUCCCCGCAAGCCAGUGCAACGUCUCAAGUGAUACUGGACGAGGCUGGCGACGGUCGGUGGAUACCUGCCGCGCCCGUUAUCGACAGGCAUUGAGGCAUAUGUGGGGUGCACUUGACUCGGGCUUUGCCGCACGGCGUACCAUCAGCUACAUUCGCUCUCAUUGCCGCUGCCUGUUCUUCCGGCCCAGGCACCUUGCCCUGGUACAUUUGCUCUGGGAAGCUCACUUCCUUCCUUGCCAUCUGAUCAUACUCAUGCUAUUCUCUACUAUCUAUACUCUGUUGACGCCUCCAGCUUCCCUCCAUCCAACCAUGGCGUGGGCGUUCGACCUUACCAACCUCCUACGCGCAUCGUCAUUUAUCGGAAUGAAUAUCUGCAUUUUCCUGUACGAGCCAUGGCAUGCACUCUGUGUGCGCACGCGGAAAACAGAUAUGCAAGAAGCAAACGUGGCGGAUGCAGGGUUCUCAGAACGGGUCUGGUGGAGUCCUGCGCAGCUAGCGGAGCGCGUCUGCUUUCCUAUUGCAGGAACUGUCUUUGGUGGAAUUCCAACAGUUCAUGCUGUCUUUUCGCAUUUCUGGACCGACAGGCUGGUAUAUCGCGUGAGCAAGAAGCCGACUUUCUCGGUGGCUGGAGCGAUGGCCUAG